AUGGACAUCACCAGCCCCAACGCUGACGACGACCCGCACAAACGGGGCCACAAGAGGCGCCACGAGAGCGAGGACAGGGACGCGCAGCAGCCGCCCCGACCCUCCGAGAAGCGCCGCCGCCUCAAGACGGGCAGGAGGGGCACCAAGCGUAAGGGACACCCCCGAAGCGUCGCAGAGGGCCCGCCCCUGAAGAAGCGUCGCACAUCUGGUACGCAUGGCGGGCGGGCGGGUGGACGCACCCACCAACAGGUGCAUCAUCCAUUUAUCUCACUGGGGGCUGGUUGGUUGUCUUGUGUUUGUCUUGUGUCAGACUCUUGCAUCCCGGGGCCAUCCGCUGGCCGCCAGGUUGGCUGCUGGCUUCAUCCACCCGUCCAGCGACAGAUGGACUGGCUGCAGCUGCCUCCCCUUCAGCAGCCGCUCAUCCCCGAAGAGCAGCAGCAGCCGCCCAUCGACCCCCCGGAGCAACAGGAGCAGCCACCGGCCGACGAAGACGACCCACCAGGCGGCAACCAGAACCACCAGCCACAGGUGGAGCAGCAGCAGGCCGCCACAGCGUCCAGCAGCCGGAAGAAGCGCAAGAGGGUGGGCUCCCGGCUGCGGGCUGAAACCGCUGCCCUCAAGGCUUCUGUGGCGUCCUUCUGCGGCGACGUGUCGAGGCAGGGGGACGGCGAGGGAGACGGGGGAGACGGGGGCGACAAGGGCUACAGCAUUCGCAGCAAGAGGCGCCGCGACCGAUAG